UUCCAUUUUCCAUCCUCGCAUUCAUCACCAGCGUUUUCGGGUCCUGCCUACACUACAUCUCCUCUGCCUGGCACAAAAUAUACUCAAAUUAUCCUCAGCUCUCCUUACCAGCAGACUAGGUGUUCUCUUUGCUUCGUGCAACCUCCCCACAUGUCCUUUGCCAGCCUUCCCUUCGAGCUCCGCUCCCGCAUCUGGAGCUUAGCCGUGGUGCCUCGCCACAUCACAAAGGUGCGCGCGAAAAAGAGCAAUGGCAGCUUCAGCAAGAAGCAACGCCAGAAAGGCAAGGACAUUCUCUACGAGACCACGUCAACGCCGCCCCCGGCACUCAUGCAUGUGUGCCACGAGUCUCGUCAGCAAGCACCCUACCAGCGCGCAUUCACCGCGGGCACCGAGCCGCGCUGGACGUGGGUCAACUUUGAGCUCGACAUUUUCUGCGUCUCGAACCUCUACGCCCUUGCGGACAUUGUCUCCCACCGAUCUGAGGUCCAGCGGCUUCAAAUUCGGACUGACGACCACCCUGACUGGUACGAGUCAGCCACCAGAUAUAAUGGGCUGUCCACUCUCUCCAAAAUGGAGAGCCUUAGGGAAAUUCAGGUUGUGUUGGAGCCUGGCGACUUGAUGUGGGGAGACGUGUUCGCGGAUUAUGGCUUUGGAUGCUGUCCUGAAGACAACAUCUCGUUCCUCGACGAGGGAUCCGGCCUCGUGCUCACUGGCUCUCAGCUAAAGAUGGUGGGCGACUGGCGGAUAGUGUUCUCGUUUGACAGCGAGGGGAACCCGCCCGACCCGGAUAGACUCUCGGAUGAGAUUGAUUAUGCCCUCGACGAUUUUUGGCAUAUGACUUUGGCACAAAUGCAUGAGCUGAAUUGAAAAAGUGUGUAUUUGACAAGUUUCUACUAGAUAUUAAUAAGUAUAAGAGAUCAAGAAGGCUAAACGCCAAGAAAUGAUGCUCUCAUUCAUCACUGCAGUCCUCU